AUGAAACUCGUAUACGCGUCCAUUUUGUUGUCAUUAGCACUCCCCAUCUUAGCACAGUCUGGGUGUAGCACGCUGCCUGCCACAAUCAACGCGUCCAAUAGCAAACUCAACAGCCCAUUCGUGUUCUUGAACGGAAUCCAGGUUGUUACCAAAGCCGAUUUCGCGUGUCGUCAACAGGAAAUCAGCGCGCUUUUCCAGCGCUACGAGCUCGGGACGCUCCCGCCCAAACCACAGACAGUCACUGGCUCGUAUUCAGGCAACACCCUCACAAUUACUGUCGGCAACGGCGGAUCGACUAUUUCUUUCAGUGUCACAAUUAGUGGCAACAGCGGCAGCUCUCCCGUGCCAGCGAUUAUUGCACUCGGAGGCUCCAGUGUUCCGUCACAGUCAGGGGUAGCCACGAUUACGUACAAUAACAACGACAUUGCGGACCAGCAGGGCAGGAGCAGUCGAGGUAGAGGCAAGUUCUACACCCUGUACGGUUCUAGUCACUCUGCAGGCGCGUUGAUUGCCUGGACCUGGGGUAUCAGUCGCAUCUUGGACGCGCUGUCGACGACCACGGGCCACAAUAUCGAUGUCAACAGGAUCGGAGUCACAGGGUGCUCUCGGAACGGAAAGGGGACAUACGUUGCUACAGCUUUCGAACCACGCAUAGCGCUUGGAAUCGUCCAGGAAUCUGGGUCAGGCGGGGCAGGUUGCUGGAGAAUUUCCGACGCUAUGCUUAGGGCGGGAACGAACACGCAGACCGCGUCGCAAAUUGUCGAUGAAAAUGUAUGGUUCUCUCCCAACUUCAACCAGUAUGUCAAUAGUGUCAACAACCUUCCCUUUGAUCAUCAUUUGCUCGCGGCCCUCGUCGCGCCUCGCGGUCUCUUGAUCAUCGAGAACACGAGUAUUGAUUGGCUUGGCCCUCAGUCUGCGUGGGGAUGUCAAACCACCGGAGCUGCAGCAUACGAAGCGCUGGGAGUCACAGACAGAAUGGGCAUAACCCAACAGGGAAAUCACGACCACUGUGUCUUGCCUUCAGCACAAGGUCCCGACGUCGCUGCCUUUGUCAACAGGUUCCUCAAGGGGCAGUCGGCCAAUACGAACAUCGUCAAGACGGAUGGAAGGAACAAUGUUGGGUUCGUCAAGAGUAACUGGGUUGAUUGGAGUAUUCCCGCGCUUUCUGAAGGUGGAGGAGGAUCUUCGUCCACACUCGGACCCAUAACCUCUAUCUCGAGCAGCACUUCUGUCACUAGCAUUAUUGAUCCUCGAACAAGUACUACCCCAACGACGACGGCAAGUCCUCCAACUCAGACAAAAUACGUGGAGGACAAAGCUGGAAUGGGCCUUCGGUUUGCGUCGCUGGAUCUACUUGCACAUUUAUCAACAACUGGUACAGCCAAUGCUUGUAGUUUGCAUAAGAGUUAG